CAUAAGUAUAAUUAAAAACCCAAAGCAUCUUUUACCCCAUAGUUGCCGAAAGUCCCAAGAUAUCCACUCUCUUUUCAACAUGGCGGCAAAUUUGAACAAAAUAGCAAAAACAUCAGCAGACAAAAUUCGAGAUAGUUCAAAUGAAAGUAAGAGCAGAUCGGGAAUAUCAAAGCACUCAAAAAUGAGAUCUAAAGGAUCUCUAGCCCAUCGUCCAAACGACCGACCACCGUACAUGGCAUGGGCCGAACAGGAAAAUAAGAGAGAAACACAUUUUCCACAACGUGCAGAGUAUUUAGCUGCGGAUGUAGAACAACGGUUAGAAUCCAUUCAAGCCGAAAAGCUACAAAAACUUAAGAAGUUUCAACAAGAUGUUAAAGAAAGGGUCAAGGCUCUUGAAAAAGUGAAACAACUGCGACAAUUGGAUAAAUCAUAUGAAGCAGUAACAGCUGAGCAAAAGAUUGUUUACCAAAGUUCAUUUCCAAGGGUUCCAACAAGAAAAAAAGACACCUGUGUUUAUCGUGAAGAUAAAUACGACAGUUUACAAGUUGGAAUUCCGGGAAGUUGUAAACAUGGUUAUAGUGUAGUUAAUGACCCCGAAGAAGUAAACAUAGCCAGCGAACUGUUGGAUAAGCAAGUUACAAAAAUACAAACAUGCACAAGACAUGCGCGCAAGGUUCUGGGAUCUCAAAUCUUAAAUAUUGAUACUGAUCACUUGACCCAGCUACCUGGAGGAGUUUGGAAUGGAGUAGUAGCUGUUACCCCCAGUGAAGCCAGCAAUGAGGCUCCUCAACAUGUUCCAACAAAACAUCGUUCAUGCAAGUUGACCGCAACAUCAUUAGGAUGUAGAGAAAUAACCUCAACGUUACAAGAGGGAUGUAAAGAAAUAACAAACGGAGUGAAUGAUCUGUCAACACAUGAACAAACCUCUAAUGAUAAACCUCGCUGUUUAACUGGAGCCACAGUCGCAGGUUUAAACGAACCGAGGCAAGAGAAUGCUGUGCAGCCCGAGAUACUAGAGCCAAUACAAUACAAAGUAACUGAAGACCUAAUGCGCCCGGGACGAUUGAAGGAGCAGUCAAAGAAACAGGAACAGAAACAACUUGCAGUUUACAGGCGGUUAUUUAUGGAUAUUGAAAGAGAACAAGUUCGGGAAAAUUUACGAAUGAAGGAACACAGAAAGCGUAUGACAAAGCUAAAAAAUAAGCAGGAAACAAAAAGAAAAGAAGUAGAAUACGAAUAUGACGAAAUAAUAGAAGAACGAAGUGAAGUGGUACGACAGAAGACAUUGUUGGAAGAAAAAUUCGAUGAACACGACGAUCAUAAUCAGAUAAUCAGAGAAAACAAAAGAAUACAGAAAGAAAAAGAAUUAGAAAGAUACGUGGACGCCCUUCGUGCGGCGGUGAAAGAAAAGCUUAUGAAACGAAAACUUCAGGUUCCCGCGCUGUGUUCUUGUGCUCCAACAAUUCUCAAUACAAAUCCAGAAAGCUGCGCAAACAACUGCAUAUUUUACAAGAAUUAUAAAGGCUACGUAAAGGCACUGUCUUCUAUCCUUUCAACGUCAACCUUGGAUCUGUAAUUAUACAGUUUAAUCUCACACAGAGUG